CGUCACUGGCUGUGGUUCAAAGCUCUUCCUCUUUCUGAUCUGUCUGCCCUGAGGACCCCAGCAGCUCAAUCUUUACUCUCAGAACAUUUGUUAAUGUUCUGUCUCGCUUCUAAACACUUCUGUUAUUUGGUGAACACCUAAAUCUCUUCAUUCUCUCCUUCCUUGCAUUUGUUAUUCUAUAUUUCCAUUCAACACGGGCAGCACACGAUUCGUCACGGAAAAGAUAAGGUCUCCAGUCUACUAUGGAUGAGGAGAGAGAGGAGGGGGCUCCUACCUCUAAAACCACUCUGUCUGGGAAACAUGGCCGCCAGAGCAAAGCUAAGAGCCCAGAGCAGCGGGAGAGAGCAGACUCCCCUGGACCCAGCUGUGUCUCCUUGAAGAGUGACCGCUCUAUGGAUCCUCCUUCUAACUUUAGAGAUGGAAAUCAGUCUAUUAAGAAGAGAAGAGUCCAGAAGGAGAGAGCAGACUCCCCUGGACCCAGCUGUGUCUCCUUGAAGAGCGACCGCUCUAUGGGUCAUCCUCCUGACCUUAAAGAUAGACGCCCCUCCAGAGAGGAGAGGCGACCACAGGAGAGGUCAAAGGUUACCAGUGCUCAGUCUGUACAGCAGCAUCAAGCAGAGCUGAUCAAGAGGGCUGAGGAGAACGCACACGCUUUCCUAGACAAGGAGCUGAAGAAGCUCUGGAGGGAUCUCUUCUCAGAUUACCCACAAUGCUCAGAGAGUCAGAGGGAGGACGAGGAGGAGGAUGAUAAGAACGAGGAGCAGAGGAGGCGCGCCAUAGAGGGCGUGGUAGACAUCACAAAGCUCUGCCUGAUGGAGAUGAACCAGGAGGAACUGGCCGACAAGCUGGGGAGUGGAGCUGUUGCGGUCCAGUGGCAACAUAAACUCAAGGUUCAUCUGAAGAAGAAGUUCCACUGUGUGCUUGAGGGAAUCGCUAGAGCAGGAGAGCAGAGACCUCUGAAUGAGAUCUACACAGAGCUCUUCAUCACAGAGAGAGGCAGUGGAGAGGUCAACAAGGAACAUGAGGUCAGACUGAUUGAAAAGGCAUCCAGGAAAACAGCCAAUGAGGAAACACCAAUCAGAUGUGAAGACAUCUUUAAACCUUUAGCUGGACAAGAUAAACCAAUCAGAACAAUGAUGACCACCGGAGUGGCCGGCAUUGGUAAAACUCUCUUAACACACAAGUUCACUCUGGACUGGGCCGAAGGCAAAGCCAACCACGACAUAGACUUCACAUUUCUCCUCACUUUCAGAGAGCUGAAUAUACUGAAAGGGAAAGAGUUUAGCUUACUGAAACUUCUUCAUCAGUUUUCUGUUGAAACCAAAGAAUCAGGAAUCUACAGAUACGACCAUGACCAAGUAGUCUUCAUCUUGGAUGGUCUGGAUGAGUGUCGACUUCCUCUGGACUUCCAGAACAACCCGAUCUGGACUGAUGUCACCGAGCCGACCUCAGUGGACGUGCUGCUGACAAACAUCAUCAGGGGAGUCCUGCUUCCCUCUGCCCGCAUCUGGAUAACCACACGCCCUGCCGCAGCCAAUCAGAUCCCUGCUGAGUGUGUUGACAUGGUGACCGAGGUGAGAGGGUUCAACAACCCACAGAAGGAGGAGUACUUCAGGAAGAGAUUCAGAGAGGGGACAAUGGCCACCACAAUCAUCUCUCACGUAAAGAAAUCUCGAAGCCUACACAUCAUGUGUCACAUCCCAGUCUUCUGUUGGAUCGCUGCUACAGUUCUAGUGGACUUCUUCAAAACAUCCCAGAGAGGAGAAGAGGUGCCCAAGACCGUGACUCAGAUGUACAGCCACUUCCUGAAGGUUCAGUCCAUACAGGGGGACAGGAAGUAUCAUGGGCGAGCUGAAACCGAUCCACAAUGGAGUUCAGAGAGCAGGGAGAUCACUGUUUCUCUGGGGAAACUGGCUUUUAACCAGCUGGAGAAAGGUCAGCUGAUCUUCUACGAGGCAGACUUGGCCGAGUGUGACAUCGAUAUCAGAGCAGCCUCAGUGUACUCAGGAGUGUUCACCCAGAUCUUUAAAGAGGAGUGUGGACUGCACCAGGACAGGAUGUUCUGCUUUGUCCAUCUGAGCAUCCAGGAGUUUCUGGCUGCCCUUUAUGUCUUUCUGUCCUACAUCAACACUGGUGUCAACCUGCUCUCAGAAAAACAUACAACCUCCAGGGAAGCUGAACUCCUCCCCCUCUACCAGAGUGCUGUGGACAAGGCCUUACAGAGUGAGAACGGGCACCUGGACUUGUUCCUCCGCUUCCUCCUGGGCCUCUCUCUAGAGACCAAUCAGAUGCUCCUACAAGGUCUGCUGGGACCAAGAGAUAGUAAAUUACUGGGCAAUCUAACAAAAAACGUUCCAUCGGGGCAGACAGGAAGGAGGUCACAAAUCAAUAACCAAAUAGUCCAUUACAUCAAGGAGAAGAUAGGUGGAGAUCUCUCUCAAGAGAGAAGCAUCAAUCUGUUCCACUGUCUGAAUGAACUGAAUGACAGUUCUCUAGUGGAGGAGAUCCAACAGUACCUGUCAUCAGGAAGUCUCUCCACUGAAUCUCUCUCCUCUGCUCAGUGGUCAGCUCUGGUCUUCAUCGUACUGACAUCAGAAGAGCAGCUGGACGUGUUCUACCUGAAGAAAUACUCUGCUUCUGACGAGGGUCUUCUGGGGCUGCUGCCACUGAUCAAAGCCUCCAAAACAUCUCUCUUGAAUGGCUGUAAGCUGUCAGAGAGAUGCUGCAAAGCUCUGGCCUCAGUUCUCAGCUCCAACUCCUGUAGUCUGAGAGAGCUGGACCUGAGUUCCAAUCGUCUGAAGGAUUCAGGAGUGGAGCUGCUCUCUGCUGGACUGGGGAGUCCACACUGUACACUGGAAACUCUCAGGCUGAAUUCCUGUGAUCUGUCAAAGGGAUGCUGUAAAGCUCUGGCCUCAGCUCUCAGCUCCAACUCCUCUAGUCUGAGAGAGCUGGACCUGAGUUCCAAUCGUCUGCAGGAUUCAGGAGUGGAGCUGCUCUCUGCUGGACUGGGGAGUCCACACUGUACACUGGAAACUCUCAGGUCAGUUUUACUUAACGUGCACACAGUUCCAUAUCAGGAGAUUAUUAAAAAACGACUACUUGCCCCUGGUUUGAGGAUCAAUCCUAAAUGUCGUCUAAAUAUAUAAUCGAAUGACUCAGUACCUUUGCUGACCACGUUUAUCAGGGUGGUGCCAUUGGACAUAUUACACCUUGUUGUUUAUGUUGGAAAAUGAAAAGUUGAAAAGUUAUCCAAGAGUUGCCAUUGCAUUUUCAAGUAUGUACGCAAAAUGUAAUAAUAGUUCCCUCCCACAAUCUCCUGUUAACGGGAGAGUGGAAGUUUAACAAAUGAAGUCACAGUAUUUGCAUCAAUCAAAGGUUAUAGGUCUACGUAGACUAAUUAUAUUUUGGC